GCACGCCAAAUGAGAGCAAGGGUCAGUCUAGCACAGCAAGGAAAAACGUUUUUAGAAUUUUAGAGAUUCUAGAACUUUUUGAACAAGGAAUUCCAAAAAAGAACAAAGAGUGCAUGUUGAGUUAGACAAAGGCAACGAGAAGAAGAGGACUACUGGACUCUCAGCAUCGGAUCAGGAUGAGCAUGAAUGGCACACUGGAGAAGGGGGCUCAUCACCAGGCCCUCGACCUCUCCGAAGAGCUCCCAACCAACACCCAUCACCACCAUCACCAUCACCCCAGUUUCCAGCACACUAACUCCCUGGCCUCGACUGUGCCCGCCGGGACCCCGGUGGGGGGGUCUGGCGUGGUCGUGCCGCCGCCGUACUCGGCUGCGGAGGGUCCGCUGGAGCUGCGGGGGUCUCUGGACUGCUGGGCUUGUUCAGUGCUGGUGACCGCGCAGAACCUGCUGAUCGCCGCCAUCAACGCCUGCCUGGCUGGCUGUGUCUUCGGGCUCAUCCUCACUCCUGCUAUUGUCAUGGUGGUGUUCGGCUUUCUCUGUCAUUCAACGGUGCGCCCGCACGGAUCGCCGCCGUAUUGCUCGGACCUGCUGAAUGACGGCGGCUGCGUGGCUCUGCUGGUUGUGGGUUUCUUGCUAGUGACUCCACUCUUGGUUCUGGCCUUGGCCGCGUACUGUCGGCUCGCUCGUCACCUUCAGCUGGGUCUGUGUUUUAUUCCUUACAGCCGGGCCGUUUACAAAAACCUUCCCGCGACCCAGCACCGCGGCCUGGCAGGGGGAUGCUGUGGACAGCAAUCUGGGAAAAGAGAAGGGAAGGGAAAGGUGUGGGUUUAGAAGGAAAGGACUAGUACUGGAGAUAUGGAAAGUAUGGAAAGACACUACUUUUUGUGUGAUAUAUAUAUUUUAAUACUUUUAUGUGGGGAUUUUAAGGUCUGCAAUGUGUUAUAAGGAAUUCUUACUCAUUGAUUAACAUGUUUUAUAGCCAGACACACCAUGUUCGUCAAUUUGUUAUUGCACAAUUUCAGUACUUGACAUUUAUAGAAUAAUCAAAUUCAAAUAUCCAAAAAUGUUGUGCAUGUAUUCUAUGUAUAACGAACACUAUUGGCCUCAUACAAUAAGCACAUAUCUUUUAAGGCAUUGUCAAAAAUAUUUUGUCAUAUAUUUUCUUAUAUCUGUACAGUGUUGUGUAUUUUCUCUUUUCCUUAAAUAUGUUACAUUAAAUACAUAUCAGAUACUGUAAUUUCACAAAA